UUGAAGCGAAACGGUGAAGAAGUAAAAAAAUGGAUUGGAUAAGCCGAAGAGGAGUAGGAGUAGGAGUAGGGACAACGACGAUCUCGACGACAAGAGAUGAUGACAACACCAGGCGGAAGCAGCAGCGGGAGAUUUAAACCGUUACCGACGGCGAUGUACGCGGGAUACUCGGGAACGGCGUCGUCUUGGGUAGCGAAGACAUCGGUUUCAGCGUCGGGGAAGAGGAUACAGAGGGAGAUGGCUGAGCUAAACGUGGAUCCGCCUCCUCAGUGUUCAGCUGGACCCAAAGGAGACAAUCUCUACCAUUGGAUCGCCACCAUCAUUGGUCCCUCCGGGACACCGUAUGAAGGAGGGAUCUUUUUUCUGGAUAUGAUAUUUCCUUCUGAUUAUCCUUUCAAACCACCAAAGGUGGUGUUCAAGACUCGGAUCUACCAUUGCAAUGUAGAUACAGCUGGGAAUUUAAGUGUGGAGAUUCUAAGAGACAGUUGGAGCCCGGCUCUUACAAUCACAAAAGUCUUACAAGCCAUCAGAUCCAUCUUCUUAAAACCUGAGACAUACAAUCCAGCUUUACCAGUGAUUGCACGGCUCUACUUGUCGGAUAGAGAAAAGCAUGAGGAGGUAGCUAAAGAAUGGACAUUGCGAUUUGCCAAGUGAACAAAAGUUUCGGAUAUUUUAAUACGGGGGGAAAGAAAACUGGGAGAUAGUAUUUUGUACGUACACCUUUGUUUCAUAAAUGAUUCAAUGCAUCCCCACCAAAGUGGAACAACAAUGUUAGAUGACCAAAGAAAUAUUGUUUGCUCUUAGAAUA